AACUCGACCGAUCGCAACGAAAACGCGCGCGAACCGAACAUUUUGUUUUCUUAAGCAUUCGUCUUUUCGUAUUUUCGUAUUUUCGUCGUCGUCGUUUUGAUUUGAUUUGAUUUUAUUAUUUUGCGCGCGCAGCGAUUUGGCGAUCUUUCGACAAAUUCGAGAGUUACAUUUUUAUUCAGAUUCCACGCGAAAUUUCAAAUUUCAAAUUUCUAAAUUCGUUGUCGAUAUCAAUUUCAAAUUAUUAUUUCAAAAUGUUUGGCAACGCGUCGUGACAGUUAAUAACGAGGUCCAAUUUAGUCCUACUCAAGAUAGAAGAUACAAUGUUGCUCACAGUCUCAACCGCGGAUGCCUGAGCGCGUGCGUUGUGCUUCGGUGGUGUGUUUGUGUGUGUGUGUGUGUGUGGUGUGUGGUGUGUGUGUGGUGCGGUGCCGCAUUUCAAUUAACAAAAAAAACAAGCCCGCAAAAUCAACAUAAGAGAUACAAACGCACACACAUAGAUACAUAGAUACACAUAUCUGAAUUGUUGCCGUACUUAAACCGUUGCCAAGCAAAUUGUUAGACCGCUAUGUCUAAUGCGUCGCCAGGAACGGAGACAGGAUCAACGCUGCCAGCUGAGGAUCAUCGACUGCUCCGUCAUGGAAUACCUUAUGAGGAGUUGCAGCGGGAGAGCAAAGAGAAGGAGGAGGAGGAGGAGCAGACAGAUACAUUUGCCGCCCUCGACGACAAUGUCCUGCGCUAUUCGUACAAAGGAACGCCGCCGGAACUCUACUCACCCAAAAAGGAAUUUAUCUACACACAGCCGCUGGUCGAGAAACAGCUCGUGCUUAAGAAGAGCUGCGAGUGGAUGUUUUACAAGUAUAAAUACAGCCAGAACAUGUCGACACACUGGCGCCAACCUGCCUCCAUAUUAAUCUCCCUCUUGGUGCUCUUCACAAUCGGCGGAAUUAUCUUUCUGCUGAGCAGUGCACCAAGUCAUAGCACCAGCAUUCGAUUGGAUAAUUUCGAUAGACAGAUAUCUAAGAAUUUCAACAACGACACUAUUGUGAUCAAUUGGAGUGAUAAAACGGACAUUGAGAGCGAUCACGUAUUUGGCAAUAUCCAGGACAUUGGCGAUGACAAUCUCAGCACCUUUGUCACGCCCAUCAAGGUGCACAAUAUUAGUCUCAACGAGGAGGAUUUACUGUACGAGUCGAAGCGAAACAGCGACAGCAGCAGUCAACGAGAUGCCACAUCCGCAUUCAGCAUGACGGGCACAUUCCGCAACAAGUCCAGUGAGAUCUGGGAUCCACAUCCGGAAUAUGUGCUCAAAGUAUUUAACCAGCGACUGCAUCUGGUGCUGCAUCAGGACACUUCAUUUAUACCCUCGAAUACUUUUCGCGUCAUACGCAUACUCAACAAUCGCACCGAGGAAUCAGACGAAGAGGAGCAGGGAUAUUAUCUCGGCUGCUAUUACAAGGGACAUGUCGAGGGCGACAAUCAAUCUGCAGUGGCUGUCAGACUCUGCGGCGGGAUGACUGGUUAUAUUAAAACUAGUUUUGGCACGCUGCUCAUUCAGCCGGUAAACCAGACGAACGGCGACGAGAUUUUGCACCGCGUCUGGCGACACUCUCAGCGAAAUCCCAGACACGCUGUCUCCGACUUGGAUAUGGCAUUGGAGGAGUUCGAAUUGGCGGCGAAUAAGCAACCGCUUCUCACGCGCAGCAAGCGACACUUUCUCAAUACGGGCAAUCAGGUGUACACUUUGGAGGUUUUAAUUGCCGUUGAUCAAACCAUGAUUGAGUUCCACCAGAGCGAUCUGCAUUCCUUUAUACUCACUCUAUUCUCGAUUGUAUCGAAUAUAUUUUCGGAUGCCAGCAUUGGUAAUUCCAUACACAUUUCCCUAAUCAAUCUAUUGAAACUGAGCGAUCCAUUUCCCCAUGAGAGGGGAAAAAAUUAUGCACCGUCCGAGCAGAAACUCAAGCGUUUCUGUACAUUCCUGAGCAAGCAAGGAUAUCACUAUGACACUGCCAUGCUAAUCACAAGGGAUCAGAUAUGUAGCAGCGAACGCGAGGAGAGAUGCAGUACUCUGGGAUUGGCCGAGCUGGGCACCGUUUGCAAGGCACGUUCCUGUUCCAUUGUGCAGGACAAUGGACUUCCUGCCGCCUUCACUAUUGCCCAUGAACUGGGCCACAUUCUGAAUAUGCCACAUGACGAUGAUGAUCGCUGCAAGCGACACAACACAAAGUCGGGCAAGAAUCGCACGCUUCACAUCAUGUCCAGCAUAAUGGGUGAUCAUAUGCAUCCCUGGUCCUGGUCAAAAUGCUCCCAGCACUAUGUCUCCGAGUUUCUCGAAAAAAUGGACAAAUCCUGCCUAGAGAAUACACCGACUCGAGAAUAUUGGAAUAAUUUGAACACAAAAUUGCCGGGUGAGAUAUAUUCACUGGAUCAUCAGUGUCAGUUGAUUCAUGGCAAUCAGAGCACACAUUGCACCUUCGAGACGGAGUGCCGACGACUUUUCUGCAAUGCCAAUUCGCACCCCAACGAGCUGUGCCGCUCCAGCAAUCUGCCCUGGGCGGAUGGCACGCCCUGCAACAACGACCGGUACUGGUGUCAAAGGGGUCACUGUGUGCCACGCGGUGGCAACUCCGAUCAGAUUGUGCACGGCGGUUGGGGUCCUUGGUCUGAAUUUACUCCAUGCAGCUUGACUUGCGGCGGAGGCGUCCAGGAAUCGCGACGUGAGUGCAACAAUCCGGUGCCCUCAAAUGGUGGCAAGUAUUGUAAUGGCAGUCGCAAGAAGUAUCGUUCUUGCAACACUUUCAACUGCCCCCUGGACACCCCGGAUCCCCGAGAGCAACAGUGCUACGAUAUGAAUGGCAAAAACUUUAAGAUUCCUGGCAUUAGUCCCGCCUCCAAAUGGAUACCAAAAUAUGGACUGAACACUCAUGAGACGGACAAGUGCAAACUGUACUGUCGCCUGGAGGACGAUAGCGCCUACUUUAAGCUGCAGGAAAGGGUUAAGGACGGCACCACCUGCAACGUGGACAGCUUUGAUAAUAAUGUCGAAAAUGUUACACUAAGAUCAUUCAUCAAAUGUUUCGACAACGAUACAUGUACGGAAGUCAACGGACUUGUGUACGUCUCCGAAUUGUUGAAGCAGGAAAGGCCCCCCCAGAGUCUCUACUAUAUCACGACAAUACCAAAAGGUGCCUCCAAUAUAAUAAUCACACAGCCCGGUUAUCCAGACCAGAACUAUAUUGUGAUAAGCAAUGAUCAGCAUGUGCCACUGAUAAAUAGUGUUAAGGUGGUCACUCCCUAUGCCAAGAAGUACUCCCAUGCUGGCGUUACAAUGGAUUACAAUGGAUCCAACAGCACUAUUGAGCGUGUGAGCACCACAUACUCAUUUAAAACCACACGAAAUCUAGUUCUCGAGCUCAUCUCGAUAGACCUGAGUGCUGCCAAGAAACAGGACACUGUGCUGCUUAAAUAUACCUACACUUUGGAUAAGCCGAAAACUGCCGAGCCGGAGGUGGUGAUGCUGAACCGCUGGCAAAUGCAAACCUGGAGCAGUUGCGACUCACUCUGCCAGGGCACCAUGCACCGCCAGGCCGCCUGCAUCAGCACCAACCAGGGCGUCAAAGUGGCCAAUCAAUUCUGCGAUAAAUCCUCGAUGCCAAAUACGGAGUAUCGUGAUUGCAAUACAGACUGUGUGCUUACAUUGAAUACGACGAGCAUAUCGGAAUGCUCAGCCGCCUGUGGAGAGCUGGGAACUCGCGAGAAAAAAUUCAAUUGCAUCCAGACAUUCACGGAUAUUCAGCGCUCGAAUAUUGUGGACAUGUCCUACUGCCAACUCAAGUAUGAGAUUGUGCGACACGAGCAAUGUCGCGAAGGAUGCUGGAACUACACGGACUGGUCAAAAUGCACCAAGACCUGUGGAACUGGCAGCCAAGUACGCGAAGUGCGCUGCUUUCUGAAUGGAACGCCCGUUGGAAAUGAACUCUGUAAUUCCAGGACCAAGAACGAAUUCAGUGAAACUCUGCGCGCCUGCUCUAUUGAACCCUGUCGCUUUUAUCCAGAUGUGACGAUAAACACACGAUCGGUGAACCACUGGCUAGCUGGAGAGUGGGGCGAAUGUAGCGAGUGGUGCAAGAUGAAUCGUACUGUGAGCUGUACACAUCCUUAUGGCAAUCAGUGUCCUCUGGACAAGAAGCCUAAGGCUGUAAGAAACUGCUGCCACAUCAAGUACACCAGUGAGUGGGAAAAGUGCUCUGUGGAAUGUGGCACGGGAAUUAAACGCAAGUUGCAGAGAUGUACUCGCGUCUACAAGCCAGAGGUGCCAGGUGCACCCAAGCGAAGGGAAUAUAUCGGCGACUCCUUCUGUACAACUCUGAAGGUGCGCAAGCCCACGUUGCGAAAAUCAACCAAAGUGUGCAAGAUCAAUUGCCGCUGGAACAGCUCGGAGUGGUCACGUUGCUCCAAGGAUUGUGCCGAGGAAUAUCAGACACGCUUUGUGCACUGCGAGGCGUGGCAAGGAAACCGAGUCAGCGAGCAGCAUUGUGAGGGAAAGCGACCGAUCAACCGGAAAAUAUGCAGCAAUUGUGUGCGACGACAAUACAAAGUGUUGACGCCUUGCGACUGCUCGGGUUACGAAAGACGACGCAUCCUCUACUACGAUUCGCAAAGACGACGAGUUGCCGGCAAACCCAAAGUGGAGAAACACAAGUGCACGCCGCCCUUGGCCUGCUCUUCGAGAAGUCUGAUGAGCAACAGUAAGGGAACUUAUAGCUAUGCGGAGAAUGUGAACAGUCGAAGUGCACAGAGUUGUGCGGAUGUGCAGCGCAUGUAUCGCAUCUACAAGGAUGGCGACUACUCGCUGCAGGUGCGAUCCCGCCAGGUGCGAAUCUAUUGCCAUCAAAUGAACACGGCGGCGCCAAAGGAGUACAUCACUGUGGAGCCACAGGAGAACUAUUCCAUCUACUACGAGUACAAGACACGGAAUAUUGAUAGCUGUCCACCUGAAUCACGUGCCCAUGAGUAUGCCAAUCCCCAGAACUCUGGACGCACACAUUUCAGCAAACUGCGACUCAACAUUAGUGAACUGCGAAUUGUCGAGAAUGAUUUCGAGUUUGCCGAAUCGAGGGGAAAUCGCCAGGCACUGGGAUCAGCGGGUGACUGCUAUAAUCGGAAUAUGAACUGCCCCCAGGGAGAUUUCUCCAUCAGUCUGCAACGCACCGGAUUUGCCAUGCGACCAGGCACCGUUUGGAACACCUAUGGCAGUCGAGCGAUCAUGAAACGGACAAGUGACUUUGAUACGUCGCCGUUCUCACGACGAGCCUUUUGUGGUGGCUUCUGCGGACGUUGCUCGAUAUCGGCCUCAUCCGGACUUUACGUGGAAGCUGUGUGAUCGCGGAGACUGCCUGACUGACUGGUGCAGCCUCCAAGUGGGCUUGAUAAAUCCUUGGUGCUAGUUUUGCGCAACGGUCGGCUCUUGUGCAAAACAACUUGCUUAUCUUCACUGCCAGUUCCAGAGCAAGCAAUUGAUGCCAUCUCCAUGAGAUCUGCCAAUUGAAGCAUCGUGAUGUGCACACGAGUCAACUGCACAAAACCCAUACAAAUUUAAUAGUAUUAAAACGAUUUACAUACACACACACACACAAGUACAGUAAAUGUAUGUAGCUAUAGUUUAAAAAUGUCAAAGGAAAAAAAAGUAAAAGUAUUUUCGAAAUAUGAAUCUGGCUCCACUUUGGAGAAUCCCAGAACUCGAACAAACUGGACGCCAAAAGAAUGUUGUAGAUGUCUGAUUAAAAGGAAGGAAAAAAACCUUUAAAAAUUAAAUCAAAUAACGAAAUUACAAGCAUAUUUCAUCGCCAUUCAUAGAGUUUAAGCACUGUAAAUAGUCAAGUAGUUAACAAAUUAAUUACAUGUACUAUAUAUUAAGAAGCUUGUUAAUCAAAUUAACAUAUGAUAUUUAUAAAUUUAAGUACAUAAAGAAUAUUUUUAAGAAUACAAUCAGAUGUUAAGCUAAAAAAUGCAAAGGCUUCGCAACGCUUUUCGUUUUCAAUGUACAGUGCUCGCUCGAUAAAUGAAAAAGCUUUAGUUAUUCAUUAAAUGCAAGAAUAAUCAAUCCAUUUAAGAAACUAAUUGAUAUUCGAACGAUCAUUGUAUGUACGUAAAGUGUUGUUUUCGAAGUCUUUACUAAGCAAAGUGCAAUGCCGGUUUAUACAAUAUUUGUAUACUUAUUUUACUUUGAUUAAGUCAUUUUAUAUACGAUAUAUACGAGUAUACAUGUGUACUAUAUAAAUAAUUACAUUUACUUAGUUAACACUAAAAAAGAAUACUCAUAUUUAAUAAAAUCCACGCCAAAAGAAAGAAAAAUAGAAACCCGAAUUGUCUAAAAGAAGUCAGAACAGAAAGAAUAUAAACUAUAAUUUUUAAAAUUAAAACCUCCUUUUUUGUGCCUUGGCAGAGGAAAUCGCAACUGCUCCAGGUUUGCAUUUGCCAGUAAUGAAGAUCUAUAUAGUACUGACAAAAGCAAACCUGGAGCAGUUGCGACUUCAGCUCCGCAAAGUGUAGGAUUAGACAAUCAAUAUAGUAUUCUGAUUCUUGGCAGCACACAGCUCUAUCAAGAUGAGAGUUUUUUUUUGAAAAAUAAAAAAAAUGUUUAAAUCUUAUCUUCCAGAAAGAAUAUUUUUGAUGAUUUUCUAGAAAAAAUCAGUACAUUUAAAAAUAAUUUUCCUUUUGUGUUCAAUCAAAACGCUUAGCAACUUACCAACACACCCACACACACAUGCAUAUGCAUAUAUGUACAUACUCGCACAUAUACAUAUAUACAAAUACAAUCAUAUUGAACUAACCGCACUGCCCUCGCUGCCAAUUAUUCAAUACUAAUGUAUUUUGGUAUUAUAAAUUAUAAAUUAAUAAAUUAUUCUAAGCAUUUACAUAAAUCUAAUUAAAAUAAGCACAACACAUAAUAACAAUAACAAUAAUUGAAUAAA